AUGGCGUUUUCAGCUUCAGAUAUCUCUAAAGCUGCUUUCCUAGCUGUCAUAUAUGUCGUGACUGUGCUAGGUAACGCUUUAGUAGCUUACGUUCUCGUGAAGAACAGGAGAGCUCUUCUUAAAAAUCGUCCAACGUAUCAGUUUAUUCUAAAUAUAGUGCUUUCAGAUCUCCUCGUUGGCCUUCUAACGAUGCCUUUUGAAUUCACCCGCGAGCUCCUAGAUGAGUGGAUCUUUGGAACAGCGCCUUGUAAACUCAUCGAGUACAUUGAAAUUGCUGUUUCUUGUACCGCAGUUUUUACUCACGCCUUGAUUGCUUAUGAUCGAUAUCGCAGCCUGGCCCGUCCUUAUUCACCCCGAAUGGAAAGCAAACUCGUCACAAAAAUGAUAGCGCUGUCAUGGGUGGUCCCUGCAGUUGUAGAGACACCUUAUCUGUACAUGUUUGAGGUUCAAGUUAUCAGUUCCAAGACAAUUUGUACGCCAAAAGCUAUUCCAUUUAGCUGGUUAGAUAAACUUUACGGAGCAUUAUCAUUCCUCGUCGUUUUCUUCGUGCCAUGUAUGGUGUUGUGUUGGUGCUAUUUUCGCGUGAUACUUACCAUCUGGGGAAGAAGCCCUACUGUAAUGGCAGAGAAUUUCUCCGCUUCGCAAUAUUCAGUUAUUUCCAGCACUAAGAGGCGCGUCACGAGAACUUCUUGUUUAGUUGCUGCAGUAUUUGUGCUAUGCUGGUUUCCAACACUGGUUCUAAGCUGGUUUCGGAUUGUGUCGGGCACGGAUAGUAUUCACCGGGGACACGUUCUUCACAAAGUCGCAAUGUUUGGUGCAUUUAUUAACGAGGCGAUAAACCCCGUUAUUUACUGUGCGUUCGAUAGGAGUUUAAAAGCGAGAAUUAGCCCUCGCUUCCUUUGCAGAGAUCCCUUGCUAGAGGCUACAGGAUUUAGUCAGACCAAUGAAAGUCUGGCUAAAACCACUCGAAAUCAAGGGCUCAGUUUCAGAGACCCCGGGAAUCCUCGUUCGAAAAUGAAUUAGAAUACAUACAAAUAUCGUUUAAGGGGAAACGUUUUCAGCUAUCCUUUAUAAUUGCUCAGUAUACUUUACUGUAACCGGUCCGUUACACUGUUAAACGACUUGACCGAUUUAUUGCAAGGAUAAUUUCAUUAAAACCAUAAUUUUCAUUUUCAUUUUACAAAUUUCUUUUUCAGCAAUAGAAACUGAAUAUAUAGACAGUACAGUUUGUAAUUUGUCGACAGAGUGUGGUGUUUACAUCAAGAUAGUAAUAGAAGACUAACAGGAAAAUAUCUUGUCACUGUUUUUAAUUUGAGCCUAACCCCAGGCUAAGCUAUUGUGAAACCCGAGAGCGAUGAAAAACGAGAGUGGUAUUUCCCAAGCGGUACAUAUUGGUCUCGAUUAAGAUGAGUGGAUAAGAAUUUUGUGAGAAGUUGUCCUUCCCUAAAUUGCAGUGUUUUAUAUGUUUAUCAGCGAGAAAAAAAGGAAAUUGGCCUACCCCGUCAUUUGCACGCAUUUCAUUGCAUAGACAAACAAUUUAGGGCUAUAGUGCUCUUUGUAUCGUUUUCACAGAAUGAUUUUGUCCUAUUUUCGCACGUGUGUUUUUUCCCAAAAGACACAGUAGGCUUGUGUAGAGGCGCGCUUUUGUAUGAUUGACGAUUAACGAAAACUCGUGUCGGGGCGUGGCUUUGGUAUACCACCGUGGGAAACAUUUUUAAUGGCGCUCGGGGUCUAUACUCUCUGUAAAACUAACUUGCACGUAUCAUUAUUAUUAUUGUUUUUGAAUAGACUAAGUUUGAACUUUAAACAUCUUGACUUUUAUUCAUACUUCCGCUUAAUGUUGCUUCCAGUUUGCCGCCGUUGAAUAAAGACAAAGCUUAACCUGUAACACCAUUACCGGCUUGUUUGUUAUUGUAGGGAAAAAUUCUCACGGUAUUCUUACAUUAUGAUGUUAAAUUAUUAAUUAUAUUCAAGUAAAAAUAGAAUGAGGACAAUAUGAUAGUUUUAAAAAGCAGUUACUGACAUAAGUUACCGGAAAUAAUAAGAGGUAGGGGGAUUUUUUCACCGACGUAAUUUCUUGGAAACCAUGAGAACCGCAAGUAUUUUGUUCGAUUGAACGAAAGAGAACUGUUAUCUUACCCGAAAGGAAAGUGAAUUCAGUGGAUAGAAUUUCGUAGUCGGCGAAACCAUGGAAAAUGCUCGAGGCCUAAAGCGUUGUUUCUGUUAUGACUAUGAGUUAAAUAUUCCAUUUUUUUUUGACUGAGUAAAUGAGAUUGUCAAAUCAAAGAAGCGAUCAUAAAUUUUUUAAAGAGAAACAUAUACUGAAUACAUGUGUUAAUCCUCCAUUAACAAUUAAGCCCCACAAAGCGAAAUAUUUUUAUGUUAAAAGUGAUUCUAGUAAACUCUCUUCAGUCUGAAUUUUUAAAUUUUUUAUGGUUAAUUCCCCUCGACGAUUUUUUUUCCUGUAGCGUCCUUGACUCUUUACUUAUAAAGCAAAUCAACUCAGUUUAAGCCAAACAAUAAUAGUUGAAAUUUACAUUGUUUUCUUGCAUUAAUGAAUAAUUCUAAGUGGAGACUUAAAAGCCUUUUUUUCAGUUGGCUUCAAGCGAGCCUCAAUUUGCUUUACGGAGUACAACCUCGAAAUUUAGCUAAUUUUUGCCCGAGGUAAAAAGGGAAGAUUCCACUCGACAUCAUCAACCCGUGUAACAAUAUUUUUCAUUUAUUAUACUUUUGAAUUUUCUCUAUAUUCUGCUUUCGUAUUUCUUCAAGAAGAAUAUGACCUCUUCUGACGCAACGAGCAAGGUUAAAGAGCUUAUGGGCUCAAAGGAGCUCUUGUCACCAUAAAAUCCUCUCAUUAACGCCUUUAAAAAUGAAGGAAAACUAAAAGCAUGCCGCCUGUUGUUCUUUUGAAAACAUCAGGCUUUGCUGGAUUACUCAGUCCAAUAGAUUGUUUAUGAUCGAAUAAGAUGUUAAUGAUACUCAAGUCAUUUGGGAAACCAAUUCAGUCACUCCCUACACCUGCAUGCUGGUGGAACCAAAUUUCCACUGCGCGUAGCUGUAAAAAAAACUUGCCAGUUUAUUCAUAUGUAUUUUUAAUCACAGGCAUGAGUUUCGUUUACUUCAACAACCACUGCUAAAUUUAUAUAAUCGUGAUGGCAGCAAACACGGCUGCUAACAUCACCAUGGCUACAAUUAUAGGAGUGGGAAUGGUUCUUUCCAUUACAGGCAAUGUUAUCAUUGCGUACGUUUUGAUCAAACGUUGGAAAAUAUUGCUCAGAAAUCGUCCAACAUAUCAGUUUAUUCUAAACUUGGUUCUUUCGGAUCUUGUUGUUGGUGUACUGUUCUGCCCUUUCGAGUUUACCCGCCAGCUGUUCGGCAAAUGGAUUUUUGGAAAAACCCUUUGUAAGAUCAUCGAUUAUGUCGAGAUCUCGGCUGCUGCCACUACUGUGAUCUCACAUGCGCUGAUCGCAGUUGAUCGAUAUCGUUCUUUGGUUCUACCGUAUCUACCCAAACUUAAACCCAGACUCGUCAAACAGCUAAUAGCCUCCUCAUGGAUUGUACCUGCUAUGGUGUCUUCUCCGUACUUGUACAUGUACACAAUUAUCGAUCAUCCGUUUUUCCUCCAAGAUCACUUUCCGCUAUGCACACCAACUGCCAUUCCAAUACAAUGGCUCGACAAACUUUAUGAAGCUGUUGAGUUUGGCUUACUUUUCUUUGCCCCUUGCUGUGUUAUUUGCUGGUGUUACUAUCACGUGAUCAGGGUUACAUUUGGAAGUCGUCCUAAUCGUACACCAUCGGCAAGGUUACCUAUAGCGGAAAAGGCUCUUCGACGGAGCAGGAAACGAGUGACGAAAACGGCCUGCUUAAUCAUAGUCGUUUUUCUUAUCUGCUGGUCUCCGACGUUUCUCUUAGGCAUUUGGAGGAUUGCGUCUGGAACUGAAAGUGUACACCACGGGCACACACUGUACGAGGUUUCGUUUUUCGGAGCAAUUUUCAACGAAGUCAUCAAUCCCGUCAUUUACAGUGUUUAUGACCAAAACUUGAAUAUCAGCGACCACAUUUGUUGCCACCGAAGGGUUUUUAACGAGACAAGCCAAGUCCAUCUCCCAAAAAAUUGCCAGGGAAUGAAUCAUCAUAUAAAUGUUAUUAUAAAUCAGGCGCGUGUUGCGGAAGUUUCUUCGCGGUAG